CUGUCCUAAAGUGUGAACUUACAAGUCUCUCCAAAGUCUCAUCGCUCCCUUCUUAGUACGACUCAGCCCCUCCUUGGCCAGAGUCUGGUAACAAUGAGCGGGUUCCGGUUUUUGAACCUAGUCCGACCAUUCCUUCCCUUGCUUCCUGAGGUUUCUUCACCAGACCGAAAGGUUCCUUUCAACCAAAAACUGCUAUGGACCGCAGUCACUCUCCUCAUUUUCUUAGUCUGCUCACAAGUUCCUCUCUAUGGAAUUAUGUCUUCGGACUCCUCUGACCCGCUUUACUGGAUGCGCGUCAUCCUCGCGUCGAACCGCGGUACUCUCAUGGAACUUGGUAUCAGUCCAAUCGUUACGAGUGGAAUGAUUAUGCAACUUCUUGCCGGUGCAAAUUUGAUCGAAGUGGAUUUUAGCUUGAAGGAAGACCGCGCUCUCUUUGGCGCUGCCCAAAAACUUUUUGCGCUCGUCAUAUCGCUUGGUCAGGCGACAGUUUAUGUCCUGACUGGUUUAUAUGGACAACCGAAAGAUUUGGGUGCUGGUGUCUGUCUCUUACUGGUCAUCCAGUUAGUGGUCGCCGCUCUCAUCGUCAUCCUCCUCGACGAAUUGUUGCAAAAGGGUUACGGCCUCGGGUCUGGAAUCUCCCUCUUCAUUGCUACAAACGUUUGCGAGUCAAUCAUCUGGAAGGCCUUCUCUCCUACUACAGUCAACACCGGUCGUGGUCCUGAGUUCGAGGGCGCUAUCGUCGCGCUCUUCCACCUUCUCUUCACUUGGAACGAUAAAGGACGCGCCCUUCGUGAAGCGUUCUGGCGUGAUCGCCUACCGAACGUCAUGAACCUGCUCGCAACUGCUGUCGUUUUUGCAGCUGUCAUCUACCUACAAGGCUUCCGUAUCGAGAUACCCGUGAAGAGCAACCGUUUCCGUGGUCAAAGAGGCGCUUACCCUGUCAAGCUCUUUUACACCUCAAACAUGCCGAUCAUGCUUCAAUCCGCCCUUACAUCGAACGUAUUCAUUAUUUCCCAGAUGCUUGCAACCCGCUUCCCAUCAAACUUCCUUGUUAAACUGCUUGGAGUCUGGGAGCCUUUGGAGGACUCGCCGCAGCUCCGUGCUGUUAGUGGUAUUGCUUAUUACAUAUCGCCACCUCAUACCAUCAAGGAGGCUCUCCUCGACCCUAUCCACACAUUGCUUUAUAUUGCAUUCGUGGUGACUGCUUGCGCACUCUUCUCCAAGACUUGGAUCGAGGUCUCCGGAAGUGGUCCCAGGGAAGUUGCCAAGCAGCUCAAGGAUCAACAGAUGGUUAUGGCUGGUCACCGUGAAGGUUCCAUGUAUAAGGAACUCAAGCGUGUUAUCCCGACUGCUGCUGCUUUUGGUGGUGCUAUCCUUGGCUUGCUUUCUGUCGCAGCGGAUCUUAUGGGUGCCAUUGGUAGUGGAACCGGGAUUCUCAUGGCCGUAACGAUUAUCUACAGCUAUUGGGAGAUAGGUAUGCGGGAAUCAGUCGGACCCGAGGUGGCCGGUGUACUCGGAGACCUUAUUUAAAAGCAUGCUUACCUAUUCACGCUUCGACUGCAAGUCGGAGGGAAUAACAACGGUUCCACACGACGCUUGUAUGGAUAUCCCUGCGCAGGGGGGUCAGAGUAAUACCUCAUGAUGAUGGAGGCUGGUACAGUGUAGAGACGCCACUAUUGGAAAGAAAGACUCGAUUAAUUUAUGACGGUUUCGCCCUUCCUGCGCCUGGCUUGAUUAGCAUGACUCCUCUUCUUGGAUCGCUCUGAUGCAUGUUUCGAAAGUGGCCGUGUUUUUUGCAAUAUUGUGGGUUUGCCG